AUGGCGCACGAUCCUACCGUCGAGUUGACUGCGGCCGACAAAACAUUGAUAGUUUGGCUGCUGAUUUUCGCUUGUGCUUUUUUAAUGGCCGGACUCAGCCAGUUGUACAGGCUCGGCCCAAGAGACUAUUUUAGCGACGUGAGAAACUGGAUGGAUCUAUCCAUAUUUGUCCCGUUUCUAGUGGACAAUACACUGCAUAUAACGGACAAUUUCGUGCACGUCAACGUCAUGGUCAGGAUCUUCUUUGAUUCGAUCGCGGCAAUUUCUCUAGUUCUAGCAUGCCUUCGAUUCAUAAGAUUUUUCUACCUGAGUACAUUUCUCGGACCUUUAUUGCUGUUGGUUGUAGCCAUGAAUGGUGACGUCAUUCGCUUUCUGUGUAUCUGUUUUUUCACGGUGGUGUCGUUUGCAUUCGGAUUUUACUACCUCUAUGCUGAACUUGAUGGUACUGGCGAUUUUAAUGCGUUCUUCACGGCCAUUUCCGCAUUACUGAACACACUGUUCACAUCGGACCCAACAAGUAGCUUGUACGUCAACGUUAUUUACAAUGUAACUGACUCAGAUGGCGAUAGCUAUGACGUACACGAUGCCUCCAUUAUGAUUGCUGGCAUUGGCGUGGUCAUGUAUUUAUUCUUUGGAGUUUCGCUCAUCAUUAUAUUGGUCAAUGUAUGCAUCGCCAUGAUGUCAGAUACAUAUGCCAGAUUAAGGGAAAACAUCGACAUCGAGUGGAAAUAUGUUCGUACUAAAAUGUGGUUGGAGCAUUUUGACGGUCCUGUGUUGCCUCCAUUCUUCAAUGUCAUUCCAUCAGUUACUUGGUUAAUGUACAUUGCCAGGAAGUUAUGCUACAGACAAAACUCUACAGGCUGUCUUGCACCACGAACUGAGGACAAUACAUUGGGGAAGGAUAUCCUUUCAUUAAGCUACACAAAGUUGACCAAGGAGUUGAUUAAUCGUUACAUGAUUGAAAAAGGCGUAGUUUCAGAAGAAGAUCAAAUGUUUGAAACCAAUGGCAACGUGAACGCAAUAGAGAAGAAUAAUCUUGGACUUGGCGGCCCAGGCGUCGUGAUACAUGUUGGACCCAACGACGAAGCUCAUCAAAAACGUGAUAGUGUCAACUAA